AUGACAUUUGAUCAGGCAGCAUUUGAGAGGGAAGUGGGAAGCCAAAAAUUUGAGAAGCAAGCACUUGAUGAGGCAAUUGAAAAAAUAAGGCGGAAGGCGAAGGAGUUACUGAGCGACAAAAGUGUUUUGGUAAAAUUAAUCCAACAUAUCGAUUUAACUACCCUUGCUGGCGAUGAUACGAGAAAACGUGUUGAGGAACUUGUUGAUAAGGCUCUUCAUCCCUACCCAGCCGACCCGAAAGUUAAGUGUGCCGCAGUAUGUGUUUAUCCUGCUCGCGUAACUGAUGUAAAGAAUUACAUGAACACUAAAGCGGAAAAAGUUAGGAUUGCUUCUGUUGCUGCUGGUUUCCCUUCUGGUCAGUACCGCCUAGAAUCACGUUUAUUGGAAAUUAAAUUAGCCGUAGAGGAUGGUGCGGAUGAAAUCGACAUUGUUAUCAAUCGUGCUGCAGCCUUGGAACAGAAUUGGAAAUUGGUGCACGACGAAAUUGCAGAAAUGAAAAAAACUUGUGGAGCCGCUCAUAUGAAAACUAUUCUUGCUACUGGUGAACUGCAGAACAACGAAAAUAUAUAUAAAGCUAGUUACACGGGAAUACUAGCAGGGUCUGAUUUUAUUAAGACGUCGACAGGAAAGGAAGCAGUUAAUGCAAAUUUAGAAGUGGCGUACGUUAUGUGUACGGCUAUAAAGCGCUAUUAUGAUGCUACCGGGAAGCGUAUUGGAUUCAAACCGGCAGGUGGACUGAAGACAGCAGAAGACGCUUUAGGCUUCUGGGUUCUAGUUGAAACAAUGCUUGGUAAAGAAUGGCUGGUUCCUGAACUUUUUCGUUUUGGGGCUAGCAGUCUUUUGAAUAACAUCUUGAAGGUGCUUUAA